AUGCCGUCUCCUAGCUCCUACACGGUAUCACCCUCUCCCCCCUCCUACAACACGGCAUCAACCCUGCUCGCCCUCGCUGACGGCACUCAACCCUCUGCCCCCCUCCUGCAAACAGCAUCGGACACGUCACCCUCUUCCCCCUCCUGCAAGCACGGCAUCAACCACUCUCCCCCCUCCUGCAACAGAUACGGGCAUCACCGGCUCGGCCCCCCUCCUCACACGGCAUCACCGCUCUCCCCCCUCCUACAACACGGCAUCACCCUCUCCCCCUCCUACACACACGGCAUCACCCUCUCGCCCCGUCGCUACAACAGCGGCAUCACACUUGCCCCCUCCUACAACACGCAUCCUCUCCCCCUCCUGCAAACGGCAUCACCCUCUUCCUCCCAUCUCCUCGGCAUCACCCUCUCCCCCUCCUACAACACGGGCAUCACCCUCCCCCCUACAAACACGGCAUCACUCUCUCGUCCCUUCCUACAACACGGCAUCGACCCCACCCCUCCUACGAACACGGCAUCACGCGCUCUCCCCCCUCCUGCAACACGUCAAUCGACCGCUCGGCCCUUCCCUCUCCUGCACAACGUGAUAACCUCGUCCCCCUCCUGCCCUCCUACAACAGCGGGCAUGCACCUCUCUCCCCUCCUGCAACACGGCAUCACCCUCUCCCCCCUCGCUGUAACACGGCAAUCACCCUCUCCCCCUCCUGCAACACGUUAUCACCCUCUCCCCUUCCUACAACACGUCAUCACUCUCCCCCUCCUACAACACGGCAUCACCCCCCCCCCUCAUCAAGCACGGCAUCACCCUCUCCCCUCCUACAACACGGCAUCACCCUCUCCCCCCUCAAACAACACGGCUCACUCUCUCCCCUCCUACAACAACGGCAUCACCCUCUCCCCCCUCAAACAACACGGCAUCACCCUCUCCCCCUCUACACACGGCAUCACCCUCCCCCCUACAACACGGGCAUCACUCUGCUCUCCCCUCCUACAACACGGCAUACCCCCCUCCUACAACACGGCAUCACCUGCCCCCCCUCCUCAACACGCAUCACCCUCCGCCCCCCUCCUCAACACGGUCAUCACCCUGCUCCCCCCUCCUCAACACACAAACGGCAUCACUCUCUCCCUCCUACAACACGGCAAUGCACCCUCUCCCCCCUGCAAACAACACGGCAUCCCCUCUCCCCCUCCUGCAACACCGGCAAUCACCCUCUCCCGCCCCUCCUGCAACACGUCAUCACCCUCCCCCUCCUACAACACGGCAUCACUCUCUCUCCCCUCCUGCAACACGGCAUCACCCUCCCCCCUCCUGCAACACGGCAUCACUCUCUCCCCCUCCUGCACACGGCAUCACCCUCUCCCCCCUCCUAACAACACGGCCAUCAACCCUCCCCCCUCCUACACACGGCAUCACCCCUCGCCCCUCCUAACAACACGCAUCACCCCCCCCCUCCUACAACACGGCAUCGCAACCGCUCCCCCCUCCUACAACAGCGGCAUCACCCUCCCCCCUCCUACAACACGGCAUUACUCUCCCGCCCCGCCUACAAGACAGCAUCACUCUUCUCCCUCCUAA